AUGAGUGCGGACCCUCGACUUGCUCGAACAACAAGUUCAACUCCACCACCUCCCCCGCCUCCCCCUCCACCACAAGAGCCUUCUGCUUCAACGCCUCCGACAGGACUGGAUGGCACCGCCGAUGACUCACCAACACCACCCCCCCCUCACCCGUCAUCUACCUCCUAUAAACUUAAAUUCUGCACUGUAUGCGCGGCCAACCAAAAUCGUUCAAUGGAGGCGCACAACCGCCUCUCCGCACCCCCUUCCUCAUAUCCAGUAAUCUCAUUUGGCACCGGAUCCCUUGUCCGACUCCCAGGCCCAUCCAUCGCACAACCUAACGUCUAUAACUUCAACACUGUAUCUUACGCUCAAAUGUACGACGAAUUAUUGCAAAAAGACCCCAGGUUAUACCGGAAUAAUGGCGUUCUGCCCAUGCUCGAGCGAAACAAAAGCGUGAAAUGGGGCCCGGAACGGUUCCAAGAAUGGGUGCCUGGCAUGCCACGGCUGGACCAUGUGUCGAGAGGGGACAAGGGUGCGCUGGGUACGGAGGGCGGCUUGGUCGAUGCUAUCAUUACCUGCGAGGAACGAUGUUGGGAUGCUGUGGUUGAUGACUUGAUGAACCGCGGUGCACCCUUGAAUCGCCCGGUGCACGUAUUCAAUGUCGACAUUCGCGAUAAUCACGAGGAAGCGUUGGUUGGUUCCAAAGCGAUUCUCGACCUGGCUGAUAGGCUCAAUAGUGCGGCGGACCAGGAGCGGAGGAUUAAUGGGACGAAUGGUUGGGAUCAGGGGACCGGUGAAGCUAGGAGAUGUUUCGAUGACCAGGUUCCUGAGAUACUAGCCAAGUGGCAGGAGAAGUGGCCGAAUCUUCCGGCACUAUGGACUCUUUCUUGGUUUUGA